GCUUCUCCCGUCCCUAGACUUGUCUUUCUUUUUUCUUUUUUUUAUUUGAUAUAUUUAUAUACAUAUUUGUAUAUAUAUAUUUCUUUUGAAAGAAAUGACCAAAGACAUAGGAUCGACAGUUCCCCAUGUGUUUACAAGAGCUGAACUAGCAAAGAUUCAUCAAGACGUAUUGGAUAAUAAACCUGAUGCUAAGAAAUUAAUUGUAGUUGAUAAUAAGGUUUAUGAUAUUACAGACUUUGCUGCUGAUCAUCCUGGUGGUGAACAAGUUAUUUUGACUCAAGAAGGCAGAGAUGCUUCAGAUGUGUUUCAUGAAAUGCAUCCAUCUUCUGCAUAUGAAUUAUUAGCUAAUUGUUAUGUUGGUGAUGCAGAGCCUAGAGUUCCUAUAGAUACAACAGAUGAAAAAGUAUUGAACUCUGCAGCCUUUGCUCAAGAGAUUCGUGAUCUUCGUCAUAGAUUGGAAAAGGAUGGUUAUUUCGACGCAAGUACAAAUUUUUACGUUUAUAAAGUUUUAUCCACCGUGUUAGUUUGCGUUAUAGGUUUGACUAUCCUCAAAGCUUGGGGUAAAACUUCAAGUCUUGCUGUCUAUCUAUCUGCGUUUGUUGUAGGUCUCUUCUGGCAACAAUGUGGUUGGCUUGCUCACGAUUUUGCACAUUAUCAAGUUAUUAAGGAUCCCAAGUUAAAUGAUCUUUUUUUAGUCACGUUUGGGAAUCUUAUUCAAGGUUUUUCACUUUCAUGGUGGAAGAAUAAACACAACACACAUCAUGCUAGUACAAAUGUAUCUGGUGAAGAUCCAGAUAUCGAUACAGCCCCCAUUUUAUUAUGGGAUGAAUUUGCAGCGGCUAAUUUCUAUGGCUCAAUAAAAGAUAAUUCAAGCGGAUUUGAUAAAUUGAUUGCUGAACAUAUUUUACCCUAUCAAACACGAUAUUACUUUUUCAUUCUCGGAUUCGCUCGUCUCUCCUGGGCUAUUCAAUCCAUCCUUUAUUCCUUUAAAAAUGAAUCAUUGAACAAGUCCAAGAUUUUAUCUUGGUGUGAACGUGUCUUUUUGGUUAUUCAUUGGAUUUUCUUUGCUUAUUGUGUAAUUGCUUGGUCUGCAACUUGGAAUGAUGUCGUUAUGUUCUUUGUUGUGAGUCAGCUUACGACAGGCUAUUUACUGGCUAUUGUCUUUGCUAUGAAUCAUAAUGGGAUGCCUGUUCUUAGUCCUGAAGAAGCCUCUAAACUAGAAUUUUAUGAACUUCAGGUAAUUACGGGUCGUGAUGUGAACUGUUCCUUUAUUGGUGAUUGGAUUAUGGGUGGUUUAAAUUAUCAAAUCGAGCACCAUGUUUUCCCGGAAAUGCCUCGACAUCAUUUAUCAACCAUCAAACCUAUGGUUAAACAACUUGCUCAAAAAUAUAAUAUCAAAUAUCAUGAUACCAGUUUUAUUGGCGGCACUAUUGAAGUAUUGCAAACUUUGGAUAUCAUUCAAAAGAUUUCACAAAACUUUAUCAAAAAGAUUUUUUAAAUUUUUAUCCAUUUUAUUUUAUUUAUUUUUAUUUUUUUCAUUUUUUAUAUUUAGAUCUUAU